AUGAAUCCACUCAAUAACAGUGAGCUCGUCUCCCAAUUCAACACCCUCCUAUCGUCCGACGACCAGUUUGGGCUCCUCAUCACGAUCGACUCGGAGACCCUCAAGCCUGUCCAGUUUCUACCCAAGGUCGCUCCAUCCGCCUCUUUUGACGACAACCUUGCCUCUCUCCAACCUCACCUCAAGCCCAAUGAAGCUCUCUACGCCCUCCUCCGCCGACACGACACGGCUCCCCACCUCACCGCUGUGACCUACGUGCCCGACUCAGCCAAGGUCCGCCAGAAGAUGCUCUUCGCCUCUACCCGCCUGACCCUCGUCCGCAAGCUCGGCUCCGAGCACUUCCGCGAGUCGAUUUUUGCCACAACCCCGGAGGAGCUGUCUGCCAACGGCUUCGCUAGGCACGACGCCCACACCGAGCUCGAAGCCCCCCUGACCGAGGAGGAGCGCAGCCUCGGCGCCGUCAAGCAGGCCGAGCAAGAGGCGAGUACCGGCACCGGAACUAGGGAGAUCCACCUGAGCAAGACCCUAGCCAUGCCCAUUGCCGAGGAUGCCCUUGCGGCUUUGAAGGAGCUGUCUCCUGGAGGCGCCAAGAUCUUAGUGAUGCUGAAAAUCAACCCCGAGAAGGAAUCCGUCGAGCUCGUCCCCUCCGAUGACAGCCCUUCCAGCAUCACUGAACUCACCCAGACCAUUUCCCCUACCGAGCCGCGCUUCACCUUCUAUCGCUUCACCCACACCCACAACGGCGCCGAGACGAGCCCUCUGCUGUUCAUCUACACCUGUCCCGUGACCCCCGGCAAUAAGUCCAUCAAGAAUCGCAUGCUGUACCCUCUCAUGAAGCGUGCCGUUCUCGAGGUCGCAUCCACCGAGGCUGGGUUGACGCUGGACAAGAAGCUCGAGGUCGAGGAGCCGGGCGAGAUCACCGAGGACUCGGUCCUCUCGGAGCUGCACCCCAAAGUGACGGCCAGACAGGGCUUCAACAGGCCCAAGAGGCCCGGUCGCUAG